CGCUGACUCGCGGCGCCGUGUUCUCAACUUUGUCAAGUGCGCGGAGACUUCAUUUAAUGACCUCCGACAAAUGGAAUAAAGACGACGAUGGAGUACUUCUGGGGGACUGUCUUCUUCACAAUAAUAGUCAUAACUGACAGAGUAUGGAAAUCACAGUGCUUCAACGUCGGCACUGCAGGUGCCAAGAUUUUCAGUGGUCUAGCAGCGGAAGAAUUUGGCUACACAGUCCUACAAGCGACAAAUCAUGAAGGCAAAUGGCUCCUGGUUGGCGCGCCAUGGAGCGAUUCCAGAAGAAAAAAGAAGGGAGAUGUUUACAAGUGUCCAGUCACAGGGUCCAGGAACAUCUGUGACAAGCUCAAUCUUCAAGAUUCUGUCAGUAUUCCAGAUGUUAGAAACAUCAAUGAUGACAUGCACCUGGGCUUGACUCUUACCCGGAUGCCUGUAGUCAAUGGUUUGAUGACAUGUGGACCUCUUUGGGGACAGUUGUGUGGCACUCAAGACUUCUACCCUGGAGUAUGUGCAAAAAUGAACCCCCUCUUCCAACCUCAACCUGCCUUCUCUCCUGCUGUCCAGCAAUGUGGAGGGCCUAUGGACAUCGUUAUUGUUUUGGACGGCUCCAACAGCAUUUAUCCUUGGGAACCAAUGAUUGAUUUCCUCAAGAAACUAAUACCUGCACUUGACAUCGGGCCCCAAAGCGCACAGGUCAGCGUAAUUCAGUAUGCUGUUGAUCCCCAGUUUGAAUUCAGGCUAAACGACUUUAAAACCAAAGAGGAGAUGGUCAAUGCAGCAGCCAGAAUCCCUCAAAAGUAUGGUUCUUCUACCAAUACCUUCCAUGCCAUCCAGUUUGCCAGUCAGUGGGGUUUCCAUCAAAAUAACGGUGCCCGACCGGGUGCUGCCAAGGUGAUGGUGGUUGUCACUGAUGGAGAGUCUCAUGACGAGGCCUUCAGAGAUACAGUCAUUGCAGAAUGUGAGAAACAAGGCAUCACCCGUUUUGGUAUCGCUGUGUUGGGGUAUUACAUUAGAAACCAAAUCGACACAGAAAACCUAAUAAAGGAAAUCAAAUCCAUUGCCAGUUCACCAACGGAGAAGUAUUUCUUCAAUGUGUCUGAAGAGGCUGCCCUCUCCACCAUCGCUGGAACACUGGGGGAUCGUAUCUUCAACAUAGAAGGCACUGGAAAAGGGGGUGACAGCUUCAAAAUGGAGAUGUCCCAGGUCGGAUUCAGUGCCCACUACUCCAGCCAACAGGAUGUGAUGAUGCUGGGAGCAGUGGGAGCCUACGCUUGGAGCGGGACCGUCGUCCAUCAAACAAGGUCAAAAGUGGACAUUCUCCCUUUCUCAGCCUUUGAGGGGACUCUUCAAGACAGAAACCACAGUUCAUAUCUGGGUUACUCUGUCACCACUCUGACCGAUGGAUCUACACUGUAUUUUGUUGCUGGUGCGCCUCGCUCCAACCACUCUGGACAAGUUAUCGUCUACACUGUCAACGCUCAGAAGCAAUCUACUAUUAUAGAUUCUGAAAGAGGGAAACAGAUCGGGUCAUAUUUUGGGAGCGUCUUGUGCUCCCUGGAUGUGGACAAAGAUGGGGUGACAGACCUCCUACUAGUUGGUGCGCCCAUGUUCAUGAAUGAGCUAAAGAGAGAAGAAGGCAAGGUCUAUCUCUUCUCUGUCACCAAGGGUAUACUGAAUGAGCAGGGUUUCCUCGAUGGCCCAUCCCCAACUAAAAAUGCACGUUUUGGGAUGGCUAUCUCCGCCAUUCCUGACCUGGACCUCGAUGGUUACAGUGACGUUAUAGUCGGAGCGCCACUAGAAGACAAAGGUGUCAUUUACAUCUACAAUGGAGAGAAGAAGACACUAAAAAAAAAGUUCUCACAGAGAAUCCCUGGCUCCAAACUGGAUCCUCAAUUGCAGUAUUUUGGAAGGUCCCUAGAUAGCUACACAGAUCUGAAUGAUGAUACACUCCCAGACAUCUCAGUUGGUGCCUAUGGCAAAGUGGUGCAGCUCUGGUCCAGAGGUGUGGCAUUUGUCACAGCUAAAGCAACUUUCAACCCCGAUAAAAUCAACAUUUUUAACAAACCCUGUGACAUAAGUGGACGCAAGCUUUCAUGUUUCUACACCAACCUCUGUUUCAGCGCUGAAUUCAGGCCAAAGAAUCCUGUUGGACCCAUUGAUAUAUCCUACACUUUGACUCUGGACGCAGACUUACAGGCUUCUCGAGUGACAUCGAGAGGAAUGUUUACAAAAAACAAUGAACGCUUACUCACAGAAAAGGCGAAAAUAUCAUCGACACCCCUGUGUCAAAACUACCAGGUUUAUGUUCAGGAGACACCAGACUUUGUCAAUUCCCUCAGUCUGAAAGUGGAAAUCGAACAGGGGAAUGCAGAUGCGAAUCCCGUCCUCGAUAUGUUUUCUCCAAAUGCCUUGGAGUUCUUUAUCCCCUUCACAAAAGACUGCGGCUCUGAUGAGGUGUGCAUCAGUGAUCUGGUGCUGAAUGUGAAGACAGACUCAAAGGCAUCCAGCUCUGCUCCCAUUCUGGUCAGCGCUAACAACCGAGAACUGUCCUUUGAAGUUGUUGUGAAGAACAAAAAGGAGAAUGCAUACAACACUCAGGUCUUGGCCACGUACUCCAGCAACCUCUACUACUCCUCCGUCUUUCCUCCUACAGAUGGAGUCAAAUGCACCUCAUCACAAGCACAAAUUGUCACCUGCCAAGUGGGAUACCCAGCAUUAAAAAAAGACGAAGAGGUGAAAUUUCAGAUCAAUUUUGAAUGCAAUCUUGAUCAGUUGCAAAACCGAGCUGAGGUGAAAUUUGAGGCCAAGAGUGAUGGUAAAGAGGAAAGACCUGCAGACAACAAAGUGGACAUAUCCAUUCCUCUUCAAUAUGAUAUAGGGAUUGUUUUAUCCAGGCAGUCAAAUAUCAAUUUCUAUGUGGCAAAUUCGACCAAUCAAGUAAUAACAGCGGUGAAAACUCUAGAUGACAUCGGCCCAGAGUUUAACUUUACAGUGAAGGUUUCAACAGGUAACUUCCCGGUCAGCCUCCUGUAUCUGACCAUUGCUCUGCCAAUGACCACGAAAGACGGAAAUAAUCUCCUCUAUGUUACCAAAGUGGACACACAAGCGGGAGGUUCUGUCAGCUGUGAUUCCAGCAGCCUGGUUGACCCUCUGAAGAUCGGCACGAAAAGCCACAAGGUGUCUUUCUCAGAGGAGAGCUUCAGAGGCGUGGAGACACUGGACUGCAAAAGUGCAAAAUGCUCGUAUAUGAAAUGCAUCCUCAAAGACACCGAGCUUAAUACUGAUUACUUUGUGAAAGUUAAAACAAGGAUCUGGAGUGGCACGUUUAUUUCGGCCACCUAUCAGACCAUCGAGCUGACCUCCAGUAUUGAUGUGGAGACCUCCAACCCAGAUAUGCUCAUUAUUGGCCUCAGGCAGUUACCAGUGGUAGUAACAAUCAGCAAACCAGGAGAGAAAGGUGAUGUUCCUGUGGGAGUGAUAGCUGGCAGUAUCAUUGCUGGAUUGCUGCUGUUGGCUGCGGCUGUUGGACUGCUGUGGAAGUUUGGGUUUUUCAAAAGAAAGUACCAGCAGCUUCAGAAGGAGGCCGAUGAAGACGGGCAGAGCCAUGCACAUGUUGAUGAAGUGCUAUGAACUAAAGGGAAAAUCGGCAGCCUUCCCUCUCCACUGGAUUGUCUCUAGUAUGAAUACUGGUACUUCUCACUGGUACAAGGUGCAAAUGAACCAUAGCUCAAUCACUGUGGAAAUUGGGCAUUUUAAUUCAGUUUGUGGACUGAACUGGAAUUAGAUUCUCUGUCCAUUUUACCGAGAAUCAUUGUUGGUCUUUAAUUUUUGCUUUGUGGACUUUACAUUGACUAUUUGCUCUUAUGCACUGACUUUGAAUAAAUUUAAAAACCAUAUUUUUUUCCCAACAUGACAGCACCGUAUACAAUACUUAAUUUAGGUCCUGAAUCACUCUGAUUUGGAUGCAGUUGUUGCCAUCCUGAGUUUUACACUGUAAAGGCUUCUCAUUUCUGCAGUGCCAUUUGUUUUGAUAAACUCUGGGCAACAAGUAACAGUUUCAGUCAGAAAAAUCUUAUAAUCAUUUGUCAAAACAUUUAUCUAUCAAGGCAGUCAGACUGUAGCAUUAACUAUCCACUGUCACCUGUGGCACUCAGGACUUUUCUUGCAUUAAAAGUAUUAAUAUCAGUUGUUUAAAUGGAAAACGAAACAACACUUAUCCUAGAAAGAGUGACAUACAUGUAUGUCAUUACCCUGUUUCAUUGUGUUUGUACUGUAAAUAUUGUAACAUAAAAUUAUGAUAUUUCUUAUUGGGUUUUAUAUUUUAAAAGAUUAGAUGCAAUAUGGGAUACGUGGAAUAGCUACUUCUGUUGAUGUUAUUGUUAUUGAAGAUAUUUGUGAUGUUUUUGUUUUUAGGAGCACAACUUGUCAGGUAUAGAUGUUUUGGCAGCAUAUUCUUUAGGGCUGCAGUUGACCAUUCUGUUCAUAAUUGAAUAAUUUGGUAAUUAUUUUUUUGAUUAAUACUUUUGUCAAUUAAAUUUCAUAAAAUUGUUUUUUUAAAUCUAUCACAGUUUCUCAGGUUCCAACACCCAAAUAUGUUCACAGUACUGUCAUAUAACACAAAGAAAAGCUAAAACCAGCAAAUGUUUGGCAUUUUUUGUUCAAACCACUAAUUUAGUUAUCAAAACGGCUGCAAAUUAAUUUUCUGUUGAUCAGCUAAUUGAUUAACUGUCUAAGUGUGUCUGAUCUAACAUUGUUUAUCUUUAGGACAAAGGACACAAUGUCCUACACUGACAAAACAGUGUGUUCCCCAUGUGCAAAUACUGUUUAUCACAGAUAUGGUGCAUCAUUGUUUAUUUACUAAUCACUAAAAGCAGCAGCUAAGUAAAUCUGCUCCUUAAAUACAUCUGUAUCAUUUUUCCUUACUUUCGGUUUGAAGUUUGUUAGACCUUUGAUCAAAGUUAAUCCUGCAGGAUUCAAAUGUGUAUUGUCACAACUUUGCCACAAGAUGGCAGCAUGAUAUAGAUGACAUGUUGGCACUGUUCUUUAUUUCCUCACUUGUCUGCUGAUAACUUGAACACUCCAUACCACUACCAAUUAAUACAUCACAUUUUAUGACCUGUUUUGGAUUGCGAUUGUCAUUACUAGUCUUGUGUUGUCCUCUCUCCUCUCCGACCCUACGGGAACCUGACUUUGACCACUUCUUUCUAAACAUCAGUACAAUUAUAUUUUUCUCGCAACCACGAUUAAUUUCUUCUCACAUUUUUCCAUGUUCCAUGUUUUGUGUUCGCCCACAGUAAGGUUACUCUGUCCCUUGAGCCUUUUGGAAUGCGUUUCUGAAAGUUUUCCUUUUGAAACAAGCCAACUCCGGCACCCAGCAGAACUUUUAGCAUUCAGUUCUUUGGAUCUGGCGAAGUGGAAUUUGCUGUUUGUCUCUUCUAAGUAGCAUAUUUAUUAGGAGCCUGGGCUUGGGUCCUUGUGGUUGGAGGGAACAUAUAGGAUUUGAUGAAUGACUGGAGUGGUCAGUUCCACGAUUACUCAUGCGCUACAGUGUUGUGAAAUAGCCUUUGGAUUCUAUGCACAUGUGUACAGGGAGCAAUGUGGAAAUAGCUGAUGAAAUGAGAUACAGUGGAAAUGUUUGAACACCUUUGUAAACUCAUCCCUCUGGAGUUUUCUGCAGGAUGAUUGGCAGUUAUAACAACUGACCUAUGCCACAAUGGGAUGAUUGCUCAAAAAUUGCUGCAAUGUUCAUGUGAAUCAAAAAUGAUGUCAUAACAAAUUAUUUAAUAAAGGGUGGUGUUUUUUUUUCA